CGGAUAAGGAAGAAAAAAAAUUCACACCCAAACUGGGCAGUCAACAGAGCCAGCACCUUCAAGCAACAAGACAUUGAUAAUUACUGGCAAUUGCACUGGUAAUUGCUCUCUGCUAGCAGUGCUCAGCCAGCUCUUUGCAAGCUACAAGUCUCUUGGGAUCGUGUUAGAAAAGCGUCACUCAAUCCUCGGAACAUUUGAAGUUGCUUGGAUUAUCUCUUGUUGGCAAGGCAUAGCUAGUGACUACCACCGCUGGUUUACAAUGUCUCUACCUCCAGAUCUUCGGGUGUUGGUUCGUCGUCUUGCCUCGACAAGCCCAGAUGACCUCCCUCGCCUUUGUCCGAUCUUGAUCAAGCACGUUAUACGUUGCGCUGGCCCGCUCUCGGCUCCUCAUGAUCUCAAACCUAAAGACAAUAGUUCCGAGGCCUCUGUUCUUAUCCACAAGUUCAAGACCCAUAUCGGCUCUCUCCUGAAUGGCCGGAGUCCAGGCGGUCGGUUUGCCGCCAUCAUCUUGGUGAAAGCCGUCAUUGAUGUUGGCGGCUGGGAGUGCCUGCGUCUGUCUGAGCCAUGGGUCCGCGGUCUCAUAUCAUUGCUUCGGAAACCCGGGUCCUCAGCUGCGAAAGAAUUGGGCAUUGUCGCCCUGGCGAGAAUCUACACGCUGCUCCAUGGAUACCAAACAUUGACCAGGGAGAUCGCCACUCCGACGGUGGCAUCCUUCGUCGAGGCCUGCCUGCAAAUCAUCAAGCCUCCCGCAUCAGGCGUACCACUCAGGCUCCCUACCUCGCUGGUUGAGACUGUUGUUGAUGCGCUGGCCACCCUCGUCCCGUUGUACCCGGCCACUCUACGGCCUACGGGCAAUCAGAUGCGCGAGGCAGUCAGGCGUUACGUAGCGCCUACCUCGUCAGACAACUAUGUCGUGACUCAGCCCUUGAGCCGCGCCUCUAGGCGUCUUCUCAUCUCGCUACACCACACUGCGCCGAAGAACGGCAGCAGCGAGGAGUGGGCCAAAACAUUCAACGGCUUUAUCAACAUUUCCCAUGCUACGGCCGAUCAAGUCUUCCGGGCCGUCCAGGAGUCAUGGGAGUCGGCUGUGGGCUACAAUGCCCAGAGAGUCAGCGUUGAUGGAGAACCCAGCGGCGGAGGGAGUUCUAUCGAGGAGCUUCCGUCCUGGUCUGGUCUGUUGGCCGGUUCUGAGAGGCUUGUAGGGCUCCUAGAACUGAUCGCGGACUGUUUCCGUUGUCCAACGAGGACUCCGGUAGCGAUACCGCUUGGCGCUGUGAUGGACCUCGUCUCUAGAGUCUCGCUUCUGAUGCCGCCAGCCCCCGGGCAAGACGACAGAUAUCAGCUGAAUCCAGCAAUUGGGCGUGAGGAGAAGGACCAGCUGUGGAGUGUGCUUCCGGAUAUCCACGUCGCCGCCUCGCAACUUCUGCUGUCAAUAGUACAGAGGCUGGGACGCACUGUUAUCUGCCUUGCGCGCGACAUGCUUGACCAAAUGGCUCGCAUGUUCAGAUCAACAAGACAUAUCCCGUCCGGCCAUAAGAAUGCCUUCCUGCUUGCCAAGGAGCUUCUAUUGAUCACGGGUCCGACACUGGAUAAACUGACGGUCGACUCGCUCGGCCUCCUGAUCCAGGCGUGUUGCCGCGAUCUCUUGGAUGUGGCAGGCUACACCCAGGAACCCAAGCAAGACCCGACGCCAGCCACCAACGGCGCAAAGGGCACAAAGGGCACAAAGGGCAAAGCGCCUUCGGGGAAUGCGGAUGCCUUCCUUGCCCCCCAGUCCAAGCUAGCGGCUGUUCUCGUGGCCGAUCCAGCGCAUCAGGCUGUGGCUGGCGAGCUGCUCACCGUCCUCCUGUCCCGUCUACCUCAGGGGCACCUAUCGCCGGAUUCUCGCGGCUUGAUUGACCGGACCGCGAUCCUAUGUCACAACAAGGACGCAAUGCUGGCGAGCUGCCUGUACCCGUACAAGGACAAGAAUGGCCGGUAUUACCCAAGCAUCUUGCCAUUCCUGAUCCGGCAGUUCCCCCAGGACCAGGAGGUCGAGGUUCUCCGAAGCAACUUGCGAGCUCCCAAGGCAUCAUCCCACGAAGCCUUUGAUCCAAACAGCUGCCUAGAAGCGUUGCUGGAGGAGCCAAACGAGGAGAUGACGUUCGGGGUUAUCGGCGACUCCGAGCUCCAGCUACGACCGAGCGGUGGGGAUGAAAAGGCAGCGGAGAUUGUCAUUCCCACGUUCCUCCCCAACGUUGAUGUAGAGAGUGAGACACGCCCGUUCGUGCCUCAAGAAACUGCAAAGCUCGGCAGCUCGGCAGCCGAGCCAGACCAGACCUCGCCGUGGGGAUUAGCUCAGUCCCCGCUCAAGCGCAAGGGGGAGGAGCUUGAUUCUGGCGUGUCGAAGAGGCUCGAAAAAGGGAAAGAUGUUGAGAUGCCCCUAAAACCAGCACCGGCACCUGUCCAGGAUGUGGCCGCCGAGGAUGAUAAUGACAGCGACAGUGAGGGGAGUGUUCAGAUCGACAUGACGUUCGACGAUGAAGAUGAGGAUGAGGACGAGGACGAAGGGGGAGACAAUGUAGAAUAAGUGAAGUUCGGCUAGCCAACAUAGACAUGACCGAUCAGUUUUGGUAUUCAUUUCACCUAUGGAACACCCAACCGGGUAUAUAUGGACUCAGACGGGGUCCGGUCCGAGAUCCAUCCAUCCAUCCAGUCACGAAGUAUGAGCUUGCUGUUAUAGACGACUUCUUCUCCAUCCACCCCG